GUGCAGCCUAGCCCUGCUGGCCGAGCCAUGCAUAAAGCGCGAGUACUGCUGGGUGGCUGUACCCGGACGUGGAAGGCGGUGCAUAUGGCCAGCUCUGGGGUGACCCGCCGGGACCCGCUCGCGAAUAAGGUGGCCAUCGUAACGGCCUCCACCGACGGGAUCGGCUUGGCCAUCGCCCGGCGUCUGGCCCAGGAUGGGGCCCACGUGGUCAUCAGCAGCCGGAAGCAACAGAACGUGGACCGGGCGGUGGCUGCACUGCAGGCCGAGGGGCUGAGUGUGACGGGCACCGUGUGCCACGUGGGGAAGGCCGAGGAUCGGGAACGGCUGGUGGCCACGGCCCUGAACCUCCACGGAGGCAUUGAUAUCCUGGUCUCCAAUGCUGCAGUCAACCCCUUCUUUGGAAAGCUAAUGGAUGUCACCGAGGAGGUGUGGGACAAGAUUCUGGACAUUAACGUGAAGGCCAUGGCCCUGAUGACAAAGGCGGUGGUGCCAGAGAUGGAGAAACGAGGAGGCGGCUCCGUGGUGAUCGUGGCCUCCAUAGCAGCCUUCAAUCCAUUCAGUGGCCUGGGCCCUUAUAAUGUUAGUAAAACAGCCUUGGUGGGCCUUACCAAGAACCUGGCCCUGGAGCUGGCUGCCCAGAACAUCCGGGUGAACUGCCUGGCACCGGGACUCAUCAAGACCAGCUUCAGUAAGGCGUUGUGGGAGGACAAGGCACAAGAGGAAAACAUCAUACAAAAGUUGAGGAUAAGAAGGUUAGGCAAACCAGAGGAAUGUGCGGGCAUCGUGUCUUUCCUGUGCUCCGAAGACGCCAGCUACAUCACUGGGGAGACAGUGGUGGUGGCUGGAGGAGCACCAUCCCGCCUCUGAGGACUUGGCACCGACUCCCUGCCACCCGCCCCAAGCGGCAGGUGGCAGCCUUCAUCAGCUGGCCUGCCCCACCUCUGCUUUGAAUCAUACAGCUCACCGCACACACAAGCAGCUCUGACCCGUGCAGGGGUCCAGCCGCCCCUGCGGCCAGGCUGUUGUCUGAUGAGGAUUCCCCCUGUUGCUGCGCCUGGAAUAAGGUUUCCUGCCCCCUGGAACUCCGCGCAAGCCUGCCCGAGGAGGCCGAGUCCUCCUUGGCAAGGACCAACAGAGCUUUUUCUUUUUCUUUUCUUUUCUUCUUUUCCUGGGCCUCUGGGGGAAUGUGAGGGGCUGUGAAAGAGAAGGAACCCGGAGUGGAAGGAGCAUGGAAUUUCACAAGUUGCAAAUGACGUGCAAAUAAAACGCAGAUGAUCGCUUUGCUUUGAA